CGGGAGAAGAGGAACGAAGAAGAACCGAAGGGAACAGGCUGCUGCUGGUUCUGCGAUGGAGUGGGGGGAUCGAAGAAGAGACCGUGGCCUGCGAGUUCCAGAAGGAGUGGAACGGCCGAUGGUUCCAGUCGGGUAAUCCGGAACCGGUGACGGUGAACGGGUCCGUCAUGACCAGCAAGGGCAUCUGCAUCGACACCAAGGACGACACGUUCCUCAUACAGGACACAGUGGAGAUGUGCUACCGCUGCAUCGUGAUGCACAUAAAGCAUCCAAAUAUUCUUCAAUACAAAGAGACAUACUGCACGGCGUACUCGCCGAAGCCCAGCCUGGAUGAGAUGUGCAGAAACCUGGCCACCGACACCAGUCUUAUUUCGCUGUUCCGUAUCGGGGCGACCCCCAUGCCCUGCCCUUUCAAAGGACCCAUGGAGUUCACGUACAGCCGAGGAGAAGACGAGUGCCGCUCACCGAUGUCCACCGCCGAGACUUGCACUCAGGAAUCAAGAUUGCUGCUGCGGUACCAAGCUUGCGCCAACGUUCCUGCGUCUGAAAGGCUGGACGUCGAGAUCGAGUGUUUCGCCACGUGGAAAGACGGCAGCACGAACAAUUUGGUCGCCAGGCUGCACAGCUCGCGCAAGACCAACGACGAGGACAGUUAUCGGUGCUUCAUCUAUCAGCAGACGUCCAACAACUCGUGGAAGCUCGCGCAGAGCGCGGACGCCGCUUGCAUCGGCUUCAGCGUCACCGACGCCGCCAGGACGUACACGAUGACUCAAAAAGAGCAGCCAAAACAAUGUACAUAUCCAUCUUGGGUGGUGUCCAAUAAACUGUGGCUAGCCUUGGAUCGAAUAUCGUCUCGACUUCUGGCAUCGCCUUACAGCCUGACAAUAGUCGAUCAAAACGAGACUCGUCUCGUCUGUCAUGCCAUCGUCUCCAUCAAUGAUCGCCGUUCCCAUCAUCCCUUGAACCCUGAUAAAGAAAGGCAGGUGAUGUACGUGGCGAAAGCAACACUCGAUUGCAAGAAUGGCUACGUGUGCCUGGUGUUACACCGAAGGGACGACCACGUAAUAGAGAUGCAACUGUCGGAAUGGAGCGAGCAGCCUGACUUCGUCUGCAACUCGAGUACGUUCAACUCCCACUCGAGGCCGUACACGACGUACAUUACAUCAGAACCAAUGACAAGGCAAUGUCCCAAUUUGGGUCGCUACGAGAUAGUCUCGGUGCUGCAUUCCCACCAGAACGACAAUCCGGACGACAUGUUAGGCGGAGAUGGAGAGCCUAACGUUGCCAAUGCUGCCGAGGUUCAAGAUGGCAGAGUCACUUCGACACCUUAUCCAGGACGGUGUCGUUAUGGAAGCGUUCGCCGAUUGGAGAUCGGUUGCAAAACACCUGAUCGCAUGGAGUUUGCUACUUCCUGCAGCGACGAAGCACCGUCAGAGUACUGGUGCCACGGAACCUGGAUCGAGAACGACACAGCUUACUUGGUCGCGAGCACAGACGUCGGCCGUUACUGUCUCGUCUACAGUGCAUCAGCCGCUGCGACGGGAAGUCCUGAACUCUCCGUGACGGGUCAUCUCGCUUCCUGUCCGAGAGCCUCCCACCGUCAUCUAGUAUCGUGGCAGGUCAACCUUACGUCGUACGCGCAAUGCAGCGAGAUCUCAACGGCCACGUCGUGGACGUACCGCAUCUCAGCCUCGAUGUACAUCUUCGUGGUACUGGGUAUCCUAUUCGGCAGGUACAUCGCGAGGUGAUGCCACUGAGUGGAGGGGCCAGGCCACGCAGAGACGGCCGUGUAGUCAGCGAAGAGACGUACACACGACACACACGAUCAGCGAGCAAGGGGAAUCUCCAGAAUCUAUGCAUAUAUAUACAUACGCCCAACGUAUAUAUCUAUAGAUUUCUACGCAUAUAUUAAACGGAACAUUUCGAGGACCGAGGCUGACGCAGCCAAGGGAGGGGAAAGUAAUCUAAUAAUCAAGCUUAGUGGAUAAGUGACUGCCGCAGCAAGCUGGUGCAGCGAACGAUGGACUCGACAGAAGAGACAGCUCGCGCGCGCACCCAUUGAAACCUGCUAGUUCCUUCGUCGGCGGACGUGGCGGAUACCCGGACGGACAGUUGUACAUAAAGUAGCGAAACGUUCGUGGAACACCUUCCCCCCAGUUGACAGAGUCUUGCUGUACGAGGAUCAUUAAUGUUCUGCUAGCUUCUCUGGGAUUAUUAUGUCCCUCAGCCGUGAGGCGAUCUAUCAAGUACAUCUAUGAUCUGUGAAAUGAUCUAUACUCUUCUUUCCACGCGUGUGUCAACCUUCAUUCCGUUUUCCCUAAGUUUGAUUACGUUCGGGGUGGUUUGAGCAUGUUUGUGCAAACAUUAUAUGUGAUUACCACGUGAAACCUGUUGCAACCACGGUCGACUAAACAUUUCACUGCUUGGAUUUAUAGAAAAUUAUUUGACAUUUCUAAACAUUCUUUUAUAGAAACCAUAGAAGCGCGAUUAAGAUGUCACUUAAAUUAUAUUUUUAUUUGCAUGUUAAUAAAUCAACUAUUUUAAUCGUUUAUUGAGGAAGCAUUUAUAUGCUUUCAAUUAUUGUGAAAGAAUAAAUGAGGAAUGCGUCAUUUUGACCUAUAGUAGCUCUACUGUUAAACAACUUUUAAUGGCAAUUUCAAUAAUAACUUGCGCAGCUUUGCCACCCUAUAGGCUCCCUGCAACCUCAUCGCCGACUUCCCAUAGAAGUCCUAAAAAUGGCUCGAGUUCGCGAAAGCCCUACUUGGUCUGACCCACGCAACCUAUUCUACUGCGGAGCAGUAGCGUCCAUAGACCAGCAAAGCUAUAACCUCAACUCUUCCACUUCAUUGCCCAACCCUUGAUCUAUUAUUUUAUUCAAUAAAUCCCGACGUGUGCAAAGAAGAGUGUAAAUGGAAGCCAUCAGCGAGAAUAAACUCCGGGUGCUUGGGACUGAUGAACAGUGAAAUAUUGGCAGUGUUUACUCGUUCAGCCGUUGAUCAUCUUGUAGACCUUUCACUCGAUCGGGCUGAGAUCAAAGGGGGAAACGAGAUUAGGCCGAGUGGCUGGGGAAUAUCGAGGGAUGCGAGGUGUUCCGGGACACGGUGGACCGUUAAAACUAAACAGACGAGAUUGCGAGAGGCGGGACGAGACUUUCUGUGUGCAAUUCUUAGCCGUACAGAUGCUGACGGAUGUUCGGCGACCACUGUGCUAAAGGGAAUCCCAGGAAACCUUCCAACGUCACGGGCAUCCCCUCUGCGACACGGUAAUUCCCGAAAAGCACAGUAGUGUCUCGAUGUUCGUCCACGGCUAAGGGCGAAGGGCCCACGCGAGCGUGGCAUGCACCGCAAGGAACGAUGUAUAAUAAACGAGACGAAAACAAACAAACAGAAAAAAAAAUGGAAAAUACACAAAAAUAAGGGUGCCGGGGCCAAUAUUGUGUGCGUCGAAUGGUGGCUGUAGCCCAAGUGUGUGAGAGCGAGAGAGAGAUAUAUAUACGAGAAUGGCGAGCGAAGGACGAGAAGAGAGCGAGAAACUAGUACUUACUUAGGUCCGCGGGGCGUCCGCCAUGUUUGCCGAGGCGCGUGCGGCGUUUGACCGAGCCGGAUCAGUUUUGCGAGGCGCGUUGUACACAGGAACAGUAGCGCCGCUGCGAUUGUACGUCGCGUUUUUAAUUAAACUUCCGUGGCACGAUCGCGUCGUGAGGAGAACAGAAGGAAAUUGUGUGUGCGUGGUGAAAGGAGA